AUGGCCCCGAAGAAAGAAAAGAGGCCACCUCUUGCGGACGACAUCGGCACGAAGUACACAAUGCUUGACCCUAGGUCCGACAAGCGUCACCGUGCCCGUUUCAUUGAGAAUGGAGUGAUGUUGCCGCCACUGUGGAUGAGGGCUCACAAGACGACGGUUAAGAUGGAGUACGACGAUCGGUACGCAUCAUUCUUCAGGAGAGCCCGACUAUUGGGUUUUGUCCUGCAGUUCAAGCGUAAGCCGCCGACGCUCGUUCACUCAGCUCUCACGGCUUUGAUCGACCGGUGGCGGCCAGAGAUGCACAGCUUUCAUCUUCCAUGCGGGGAGAUGACCGUGACCCUCGAGGAUUGGGCGAUGAUUACGAGCAACCGGACUUCCGGCAUACCGCUGCCAUGGCUCCUCGAGCACCGGAGCAAGUGCCCGGAAGAUGCUGAGCCCCGGGUGGUGGAGCAGUACGCCAGGGCCUACCUGUGGUACAUUCUCACGGAGGUAGUGUUUCCGGACUGCUCCGGGAACUCUGCCCUAUGGAUGUAUCUCGACUUCCUAAAGGACUGGGAUGCGGGCUACAGCUGGGGGGCCGCCGGACUCGCCUACCUAUACCGUUCGCUUGACGACGCGACCCAGAGAGCGGAAGUCACGUCCGGUAUGUGUGGAUGUGUAUGGGGCCUCUCCAUUUGGAUGUGGGAGCGAAUCCCGGUGGACCGUCCGGAGAAGAUGCGCUCGCGUGCAUGGACGGACUAUGGCGGAGAUGACGAAGAUGAUCGGUACCCGACCGUCGUAUACGCUUGGGACGUGAUGCGUGUCUACACGGGCGAAUCGAAGGCCUUGUACAAGGUCUUCAGCAACGAGCUUGAUGCUCUCACGCCUUUCCAGGUUACUUGGCGGCCGUAUAGUGAUGAUCGAGAGUGGGGGUUCGAGCUGAACAACAUGUGCAAGCAGGACCGGCUUCUCUUCCGGUGCAUCGUGCCCAUGAUUUGUGUCUAUGCCGUGGAGUACCACUUGCCACAGCGCGUUGCCGCACAAUUUAGUAAGGCGCAACACACACCACCAGCCGGCCACGAUACCGGUGGCUACGACCUACACCAGAUGAGCAGGCAGAAGAAUCAAUCAAUCACGGAUUGGGAAGCCGAACAUGCGAAAUACAUGAAGGAAUGGAACGAGUGGAAAGGACGCAAAGACACGGAGAGGAGAGUGAUUGACUGGGACGAGUACGAGGAUCACAUGCUGUGGUACGAUGAUGGCAUCAAGCAUCGUCUGCGUCUGAGGCCCCAGUGGACGACAGCAGAUGCCGAAGACCUGUUCGAUGAUGCCUCAGAGAAUGAAGCCUACAACGAGAGCAUCAGACAGCUUCAAGGCAGGUUUAGGGAGUAUGGACCCCUCAUGAACAGAGUGAAAUACGUCAACAAAGCACGACGGCUUGUGGGCCUUCUUCGGUGCGCUACAAACACCGAGGAUGUUUUUCCUCCUGCACCGAUGCGUAGCCUCGCUUCAUCGAGCCAUGCAGCCUCUUCGUCUAGGGCGGUUCAAGAUGACGAGGAGGAGAGCGACGAUGAUGAUGAUGCAGAGGAAGCGAUUCAAGAUGACGAAGAGGGCGCAGAAGAAGAACAUGAUGAGGAAGAGGAAGAGGACGAUGAGGAGGAGGAGGAGUACGAUGAUGACGAUGGACCUCCACCAGCUCAGCCAACCCAGCGUGAGAAGAGGAAUGUGUCGAAGAAGGAUUGGAAGAGUCCAUCCCCGUUUCAGAAAGCACGUCCUGCGGCCCGCAAGAAGACGGCGGCCGAGAAGCGAUCCAAGGAUAACGAGGACCGAAAGUCAAAGAGGGGAAGGAAGGACUGA